UUUAGGAAAAAACGCCCUACCGAUCGCAAUAUGCCUCCCAAGAUUGAAGCUUUUGUGCCGGAGUCCAAACUGUACAUGGAGCUGACAGAAUUCGAAAAGUCUUUGGACGCCACCAUUCUGAGAAAACGCCUAGAUAUUCAAGAAGCAUUAGGGAAACCUACCAAGUUGCGAAGAACUUUACGCGUAUUCGUCUCCAACACAUCGUCAGAUCAGUCGGGUCUAAGCAAUGAGAAUGGCGGCGAGUCGUUUGACCUCACCAAUGGUCAAGCUCCUUCCUGGACAUUGAAGAUCGAAGGCACAUUAUUGGACUCAGCGAAUUCGACAAAUCAAAGCCUACCGACACCGAAAUUUACAUCUUUCUUUCGCUCUAUUGUGGUCGACCUGGAACGAGACCCUGCUGUAUAUCCAGAAGGAAAUGUCAUUGAGUGGCACAAACAACCAGGCAACGCUGAUCAUGAUGGCAUUGAAAUCAAAAGAAAAGGCGACACUAGCGUGAAAGCGCGUAUUAUCCUUGAGCUCGACUACAACCCACCAACCUUCAAACUAGCGCCCGCGCUUGCGUCCCUACUUGAUAUGAAACAAGAUAUCAAACCCAACAUUGUCAUGGCUAUCUGGGAUUAUGUCAAGCAUCAUAAAUUACAAGACGCAGAAGACAAGCGCAUUAUUCACUGUGACCAACGGUUGAUGCAGAUUUUUGGAGCUCCCCAAAUCCAUUUUUCGCAGCUUCCAGAUCUCAUUAACCGUCAUCUGGCGAGACCUGACCCGAUUGUCAUCCCAUACACCAUUCGAGUGGAUAAACCAUUACAUCAAUCAUCCAAUGCAUUCGAUAUCGAAGUGGAACAAGACAGCCCUUUGCGACAGAAGAUGAUGGAAGUCAUCGCUUCUUCCCAAAUGCAAAAGGACGUCUCAGGAUUAGAUGACAAGAUCCUUCAGUGUGUGCAGAGUAUCAAUAAUUCAAAGAUCAAACGUGAUUUCCUGCUGCAGUUCUCUGAGAAUCCAGUGGACUUUAUCAACAAAUGGAUGGCCAGUCAAGCUAGAGAUUUGGAAUCUCAGCAGCGCAUGCAGGAAUUGAUCGACAGUCAACGGCCACCUCACCCAUAA